UGGGAAUCUCGCGGCGAUUAAUUUCCGAAAGGUUUCUCACUGCAAGUAGGAAGACGAGAGAAGAUGCGGGGUCCACUUGUUUACGCUUUCGUCGCGCUGUGCUUUGUUUCCGGCAGCAUCGGGAGAAAGGGAUUCGGUCCUGGGGAACAAGAAUGGGCGCACGUUGAAGUACGUCCCGAGGCGUACAUGUUCUGGUGGCUCUAUUACACCACGGAAAACGUUAGCUCAUAUUACGAUAGGCCGUUAGUCAUCUGGUUACAAGGUGGACCGGGCGGAUCUUCGACGAGUUAUGGGAAUUUCGAGGAACUAGGGCCGCUCGAUGUGAAUCUGAAUCCAAGGAAUUACACUUGGGUAAAGGACUACAAUGUUCUCUUCAUCGAUAAUCCUGUCGGUACCGGCUUCAGUUACGUCAACUCCGAUUCGGCAUACACGAGAACAAACGCAGAGAUCGCGAAGGACCUUUUAGAAUGCAUGCGAGGAUUCUACAAGAAAUUGCCGGAAUUCGAGAAAGUUGCGACGUAUAUCACGACUGAAUCGUACGGCGGGAAAAUGGGCGCGGAAUUUGCAUUACUCUGGGACAAAGCUCAGAAAGAUGGCACCAUCAAAAGUAACUUAAAGGGAGUCGCGCUCGGGGACGCUUGGAUCUCUCCUAUCGACUCCGUAAUGACAUGGGCACCAUUCCUGCUGAGCACGGGUAUGGUUGACACGCAAGGUUUCGAAAAGAUUAACGCUGCCGCGGAAAGAACGAAGAAACUCGUCGAGCUUGGCAAGUGGACACAAGCGACUACAGCGUGGUCUGAGACACAACAGGUCGUUUUACGGAACACUUACAAUAUUGACUUUUAUAAUAUUAUUACAAAACGAAAUCCUGGCUCGUAUCUGCACUCGUCGACGCAGGAUGCAGCGUUCUUAGCCGAAGGCGUCACGUAUCCAUAUCUCCAUCUAUCUAAGACUCUCUCACUCGAAAGUUUGAUGAACGGCCCGGUAAGGGAAGCGCUCGGUAUCGAAGCCACUCACGGCGAUCAGGCCGGCAAUGUUUUCGCAUUUUUGAGGGGAGAUUUUAUGAAGCCAGUUAUUGACACAGUGGAAAGAUUACUUAACGAAACCAACUUGCACGUAUUCGUAUACACUGGCCACUUGGAUUUAAUUGUUGAUACACCGGGCACUCUUCUCUGGGUCGAGAAACUGAAGUGGAAAAACGCCGACACCUGGAAAAACUCCGUUAGAAGUCCGCUCGUCGCUAAAGACAUCGUCGAGGGCUAUUUCAAGGCGCACGAUAACUUCGGGAUGUAUUGGGUCAACAGAGCCGGACAUAUGGUACCGAAGGACAAUCCGGCGGCGCAGAGGAUAAUACUACAGGAUUUGACGAGCAACGCAGACAAGUGAACGAAAUAGAAAUCUGACGCCUUCAUUUUGUACUGAAACAAUAUGUAAAUCUUUAUACGACUCUAUUCGAAAUAGUCUCUCUAUAAAAUGUUUAAGAAAGAGAA